UUAUUCUUUUUCUAUCUGUGUUCUCACAGCCUUCAUCUGCUGUGGACUGGAUUGUAGUUCUGAUUCAUUAAAAUGAUUCACUGAUUCAUAUGAGAGUGAUUCAUGUGAUAGUGGAAGCUCAUGAUGGCGGACACACACAGCAGCAUUGAUCAUGUCUCUGUGUUAUUCUCCUUCUCUGUGUUCUCACGGCCUUCAUCUGUAGCUGUUGGUUCUGGAUAUGAGGUUCUGAUCCAGAAGUUUCUCUCUCUCUAUGGACAUCAGAUCGAUAUUCAGCGUAAAUUCGUGAUUCAGUGUUUCUCGGCGGAUUGGGGUCAGUACAUUGAUUUACCGAAGGGAUUCACGGUCACAGAGAGAUGUCGUCUCAGAUUAGUGCCUCUGCAGGUGGAUAUGACUCUGUUGGGAAACCUCUCAGUAGCCACCACAGUUUUCUUCUGCUGUGAUAUGCAGGAGAGAUUCAGACCUGCCAUCAAAUACUUCGGUGACAUCAUCAGUGUUGGACAGAGACUGCUGCAGGGUGCUCGGAUUCUGGGUAUCCCUGUGCUCGUGUCAGAGCAAUACCCAAAAGGUUUGGGCAGCACAGUUCAAGAGCUGGAUCUGACCGGGACUAAACUAAUUUUUCCCAAAACAAAGUUCUCCAUGGUUCUUCCUGAAGUGGAGGCCGCACUGGCUGAACUUCCUGCAGUCCGCAGUGUUGUGCUCUUUGGUGUCGAGACACACGUGUGCAUUCAGCAGACAGCUCUGGAUCUUGUAGGAAGAGGGUUUGAAGUGCACAUUGUUGCUGAUGCCACAUCAUCUAGAAGUAUGAUGGACAGAAUGUUUGCUCUAGAGCGUUUGGCUCGUACUGGAAUCAUCAUCACCACCAGUGAAUCUGUCCUGCUUCAGCUCGUGGCUGAUAAAGAUCAUCCAAAGUUUAAAGAGAUCCAGACCAUCAUUAAAGCCAGUGCUCCAGAGUCAGGCCUGCUGUCUAAAGUUUAAAUACACAUCGAGAGAGAGAGCAAAAACACAACCACAGCUCCUCUACACACACUGAUACAUAAAUAAAGACUCACAUUCAGUUUAACAAUGGAUUCAAAUGCUCACCAGCAGAUGUUUGUCAGCAUAAAAAGUGGUUAAAUAUAUUUCACAUGCAGUCAUUUAUAUUUGAUGUGCAUCAUUUAAAGUCAUGCAUGUAAAAUUUAUUUUUAGAUGUCAUUAAGAUGAGGAAAUGUUAGAGUUGAAUGCAUCUGACUGUGCUCAGAUCAGCAGAAGAACUUCACAGUCAAACACAGCAUACUGGAUAACUGUGUUGUUUAUACCUGAAUGUAAAUGAUGGUUGUGGACAGAUGUAUUUGAAUGCUGAUGUUUUAAUAUUAAGCAUUAUUGAUAAAUUCAAGUAUGACUAUGUCAAAAAUGUCAGCUCCUACAGAUUCUGGGUUAAGAUCCAUUUCACUAGAUCUUGUGUUAGAUCUCUCUCAUGUCAGAUAAAAGACUUUGUCUGUUAUUUUAAGAUAUGUUGUGAGUUAUUUUAAGAUAUGUUGUGAGUUAUAACACUUCUUCUCAAAUAAACACACUCAGAUAUAAAGAUGAGCAGACAAGAGACAAAAGAACAACAUAAGAAUAAUAGUAGGGGAGAGCGGGGCACAACCUAACGCUUUUUUGUUUUGGCUCAGUCAUUAAAAAUAUUUGAGUUUGAUUAAUUAUAUUUUUACACAGCAACACACAUCUCUGCUACAAAUGAACAUUUGAAGUUUGUUUCCAGUACUUACCAUUCUUGGACAAUUACACCAAAUGUGACAGAAGUGCAAACGUUACAACUUACCCCAUAGGUGGGGUUAAUUGUAACAGGCAGGGGGUUAGUUGUAACACUUGAUAAAAAUUAAGUUUGCAGGCAAAUAUUUCAAUACUAUUUUGUCUAUAUACUUGAAGUGGAUAUUGUUUAUAUAUUUGCCUAUAAUAGACACAUAUCUACACUGUUCAUCCCUCAUCUAAUCAUUGUUCAAUUAUAAAUGGAUACAAAUGUCUAAAUAUGUGACAAAAAGCAGCACAGUUAUGACCAUUUUUUUUAUAUUUGACCCAGUCUGUAAUAACCAUACUACAGUUUCAAAAUCAAAUUCUGAGAUAAUGAGCAUCAAAGUUUGAUUUUAGCCAUUCAUUUCAUUAUGAUUUCAAUCUUUGAUGUGACCUUCUUCAAUCAAUAUUAAAGAUAUGAACAAAAAUUAA